AUGGAAUUCUUCACAAAACUGAGGACUACAUUUGCCCCGAAAGAGUCCAGCUAUCAUCAGGCAAAUGGGAUGGUUCGGGCCCUACAGACGAUAACGCUGAUGCGCUUUCUCGAUAAGGACUUUCUGGUAAGCAAAUCUAGCCGGGUGCUGCUAUGCUCGCAUGAAAUGAAUGCCAUCAUAAUACUGUGCGCCAUAACCGUUAACGCAAUUCAACUUCGAACCAAUGUCGACGUGGUGGUGUCGAGUGCGCUGUGCGUCCUUUCGGUGAUGGAAAUAUUCUACAAGCUGAACCGCUUGAUCUAUCUGCGUAAAAGCAUUGCGCGAAUGCUCGAGCUGGUGCUCAACGAUCGUACCCAUCUGAAGGGUACGAUGGAGGAAAUGGUUUGUCAGAAGUAUCACCGUUUGGCCAGAAAGCUCGUCUGGUACACGGUCAUUCAGUACAUGUUGGCUGGUGGCAUGAUCGUCGUUUUUCCGGGUCAUCUACGAGAGCUCGAUCGCAAAGAACCUCCGCUCGGGAUUACACUUCCGUUCGUGGACAACAAUCAGCUAUCGUGGUAUCUAGUAAACUACAUCAUGCAGUCGCUCGCGAUAUUCAUCAUUGCGCUAAUGUUUGCUGGACUGGAUGGACCGUUCUACAUAUUCAUCGCGUACUCCGCAGCUCAGCUAGAGAUACUGAUUAAUUACUCGCAGUGCAUCGGAGAACCAUCUAACAAUGAAGAAGAAAAUCGGCGCAUCAUAUGGAAGAUAUUCGAUGUCCACACACGUCUCUCGAGCUUCUUGGGCAAGUGUUCCGAGCUGUACCGUACGAUCUAUUUGGUGCAGGUUGUUAGCUCGGUAAUGCUUAUAUGCGUGGCCCUCUUCCACGUGCAGUACAACCCCAGCCGCAGUCACUCGUAUGGGCUGGUGUGUACGAGUGUCUUCAAAAUGUGGAUGUUUUGCUACACCGGCCAGUUGAUAGUGUCGAAGGCGGACGAGUUCAACAUCGCCGUAACCUCGAACCGUUGGUACGCGCUGUGGAAUCGGCGCGAUCUCGGGGAUAUUCUGUUCCUGCAGCUAAACGCUCAGCGCCAUUACGGUUUCAGCAUUGGUGGUUUUGGGUAUCUGUGCUUUGAAACAUUCACCAAGAUCAUGAAAACUGCGUACAGUUUCUACGCAUUCCUGCAGCAAGUGAUGGACUAA